CGUGCGUCACAGAAUGGCCUCCGACACCCUGGGAGCCCCUGACGUGUCGGGGAGGAGCCCGGUGCGGGGGUACGCGGAGUGGAGCUCAGGGCUGCGGAAGGGAGCCGAGCUGAACGGCUGGGCGGGCCUGGCCAGGCCAGCGGAGCGGAGACGUCGGCCGAGCGGCGGCGAACAUGCGCUUUUGACACGUUGGCGGCUUUCUUGACCAUGGAUGGUGAAGAUAUACCAGAUUUUUCAAGUUUAAAGGAAGAAACUGCUUAUUGGAAGGAACUUUCCUUGAAGUAUAAGCAAAGCUUCCAGGAAGCUCGGGAUGAGCUAGUUGAAUUCCAGGAAGGAAGCAGAGAAUUAGAAGCAGAGUUGGAGGCACAGUUAGUACAGGCUGAGCAGAGAAACAGAGACCUGCAAGCUGAUAACCAAAGACUGAAAUACGAAGUGGAGGCACUAAAGGAGAAACUGGAGCAUCAGUAUGCACAGAGCUACAAGCAGGUCUCAGUGUUAGAAGAUGACUUGAGUCAGACCCGGGCCAUUAAGGAGCAACUGCACAAGUAUGUGAGAGAGCUGGAGCAGGCCAAUGAUGACCUGGAGCGAGCAAAAAGGGCAACAAUAGUGUCACUGGAAGACUUUGAACAAAGGCUAAAUCAGGCCAUUGAGCGAAAUGCAUUUUUAGAAAGUGAACUUGAUGAAAAGGAAUCUUUGUUGGUCUCAGUACAAAGGCUAAAGGAUGAAGCAAGAGAUUUAAGGCAAGAGCUAGCAGUCCGGGAACGACAACAGGAAGUGACCCGAAAAUCUGCUCCCAGCUCUCCGACUCUGGACUGUGAGAAGAUGGAUUCUGCUGUCCAAGCUUCACUCUCCUUGCCUGCAACACCUGUUGGGAAAGGAACAGAAAACAGUUUUCCUUCACCAAAAGCUAUACCAAAUGGUUUUGGAACCAGUCCGCUAACUCCUUCCGCUAGGAUAUCAGCACUGAACAUCGUGGGGGAUCUCUUGCGGAAAGUAGGGGCUUUAGAAUCCAAAUUAGCAGCUUGCAGGAACUUUGCAAAAGACCAGGCAUCCCGAAAACCCUAUAUCCCGGGGAGCGUUAACUGUGGGGUGACGAACAGCAAUGGCCCUGAGUGCCCAAGGUCAGGGCGGGCCACCUUCUUCCAUAAAGGGCAAGAAAAAGUCAUAUUUCCCACGUUGUUCAUGGGGCGGUAAAUGGCUUCGAUCCAGCUCCUCCUCCUCCUGGGCUGGGCUCCUCACGGCCAUCAUCAGCACCGGGUAUGCUGCCUCUCAGUGUGUGAGUGCCCGGCCUCCAGGUGGGGCCCCUGCUCUCCUCCAGCAGCCCAGGACACCUACGCCUCGUCCCUCGGUCCCUGGGUCCAGCCCUGUGCCCCUGUCUGCCUCUCCACCGCCGGCAGAGGGCAGGCUGCAUGCAGUGGUGGCUGCUGGGCCCUGCCCAGCCCCAGGACUCUGCGCGAUAUCAAUACUGGCUAUUUUCUCUUCUCGCCGUAGUGCCGUUGGUUUCACAUGAUUGCACUUUUGUGGGUCACAAGUGAUACAUACGUGUAUUACUCGAUCACUGGAUGUGGAAGUACCCGUUCAUCACAUCUGCCUCAUAGCCCCCAUUUUGCUGUGCUGAUAGGAUUUAGUUAUGUUUAGGACAUU